AUGAUGCUCGCAGGGAAAGCUGGGAACACUAUACAGACUGGUGAGCACCAGCUUUCACUGAGCCAACAAGAGAAUGGUAACUAUCCAAGGCUAACUCAAGAGCUGAAUGACAAUAACUACCUUGCCGCCCUGCCGAACACCCACAGGCAGCUACAGCAGCCACUGCCUCGUAUCAAUGUUCAACAUGUUGAUGCUCCUCCGAGGGUCCCACUGCCUCCAUUGAUGCAGCUGCGGCACAUUCGGCAACGCCAGGAACAGGAACGGCUGCAACGGCUGUGUCUCGAGGAAGAAAGGCAGCGGAAGGAGCAGCAAAGGGCACUGGAGAGGCAACGUCGAGAGCUGCUUCAGUUGCAACUGCAACAGCAGAAGCAGGAACACCGACUCCGCCGACAGCUCCUGCAACGGCAGCUUGAGAUGGAGCAGCAACAGAGACUCAAACAGCAGUCACAGGUGAAAGGGCAACCAUGUCUCCUGUCACCCUCAUCUGGACUCUGCACCAUCUAUGAGGCCAUGGAGACCAGCGAGGAGGAAGAGGAGGAUGCAGAGAACCAAUCCACCGGCAACCAAGGUUCCCCCAACCAGAUAGGCCAUUCAAUCCCAACAGACCUCCCGCUUAGAAUGGCCAACGGAAACCUUCGCCGACUGCCUCCGCAGGAGCUAGACUGGAACACAAAACUGGACAUGGUCCAGCAGCUGAUUAACCAGGCUCUGCUUCUGGCCGGGGAGGAUGGCUGUCCUCCGCUCCUGUACCUACCUGGGCAGGGAGGGGGCAUCCUCAGCCCCCUAGAGAGCAGCCUGUGGCCACACAUCAUGUCCCACUUCGACUGCUCCACCGCAACAGUGGCCUCUGUCAGUAGUUACUCCUCCAGCAGCCAGGCCAGUUCCCCACAGGGCGACUGGACUGUGGUGGAACUGGAGACACAUCAUUGAGUGUCUGAGCACCAUUAAACCCAGCAUGUGCACUAAUAAUACAAUAUCAAUCCUCUAUCCCAAACUAUUAUUGAAACACUAAAAUAUCCAAAAGCCGACCCUGCAUUUUACCAAUAUAUCCCAUAAGCCUUUUAAUAGGACUUCAUGUGUACUCAUCCAUUCAGAAUGCAGUCAUUUUGAGUCUUCAAUAUGCAAACACCUUCCUGAAAGUUUUUGGGUUUCAUUGUAGCAUAAACUCUUACCUAUAAUGUCUCUUCCUCAAACAUAUUUAAACAGUUAAAAUCUACA